AGAGAGACAGGCAAAGGAAGAACCAAGAUCCAGUCUGUGGAUGGUCCCACCUGGGACGACAGGAACCCAAGAGAAGAGAGAAGUGUCGCCGUACCUCUGCCCCAUGCCAGAAGGAGGAGACAGCGAAGACUCCUAUCGCUCUUCCACCUUGUGCAGACGUCUAAACAAUGUGUCUCCCUUUGAAGAAAAUGUCAAAGUCUCUGAAGAAGAUAGUAGAGGAGAGUCGGGAGAAGAACCUACCGGAGGUGGACAUGUGUGACAGAGGGAUAUCAAACCUGCUGGAUAUUCCUGGACUAUUCACUUUAUCCAACAUAACCCAACUGGUCCUGAGCCACAACAAGCUGAAUGCUGUGCCUCCAAACAUUGCAGACCUGAAGAACUUGGAAGUUUUGAACAUGUUCAAUAAUCAGAUUGAGGAGCUUCCAACCCAGAUCAGUAGCAUGCAGAAACUUAAACAUCUCAACCUUGGGAUGAAUAGGUUGAGCACUCUUCCGCGAGGAUUUGGAUCUCUUCCGGCGCUGGAGGUUCUGGAUCUGACGUACAACAACCUGAACGAGUCCUCACUGCCUGGGAAUUUCUUUUACCUCACUACCCUCCGUGCACUCUAUCUCAGUGACAACGAUUUUGAGAUUUUGCCCCCAGACAUCGGCAAGCUGGCCAAGCUACAGAUAUUGAGUUUGAGGGACAAUGACCUCAUAUCUCUACCCAAAGAGAUUGGAGAUCUGGCUCAGCUGAAGGAACUUCACAUUCAAGGGAACAGACUCACUGUUCUGCCUCCUGAACUUGGGGAGACUCUUCCUGUGUGUAGCUUAUUAGGACCCCUCUGUCAUGUCCCUGUAAUCCCAUUCCACAGACCGGCUUCGUUAAGACCACCGCCGCCGUUUGUAUGUGUGAGAGAGAAGAGCCUGGCUAACAAGGAGCAACCAAGCGCACAUGCCAAGAGCAGGAAGGGAAAAAGAGAGGAGGAGAAAAAAGAGAAGUAUGUGAACGAGAAGGAAGAGGAGGGUGGAACUGAAGCAAGCAGAUGUCUGGUUGAGCGCUGA